AAUGAAAAAAUAAGGGGCCGUGCCGGAACUCGGUGCUUCCUAGCUCCAGAAAUGCACAUGAAUAAUGUCUAUGACAGAUGUGCGGACUGGUGGGCUGUAGGCGUGACCAUGUUCGAAAUGCUGGUUGGAAAGUUGCCAUUUAACGGAAUAACCAAUGAGGACUUAAUAGAAGAGAUUAUCAAAGCAUGCCCAGUAUAUCCACCAGACUUGGAUAUGGCAGCCAAAACACUGUUACAGGGACUCUUGACUAAAAAUGUUUUAUUCCGCCUUGGAGGAAACGUAUACCACAUGAAAACGAUACAGCAGCAAUGUUUCUUUAAGACCAUAGACUGGGAGGCUCUUGCCAAGAAGCAAGUAGAGGCCCCGUUCAUUCCCAAGCCCAGUCUGGAAUUUUUCACAGCAGAAGAAGAAUUGGUUUUAACAUCGACGUACAGUAAAGAGCUGCCCAUUUCAGAGGAAAUCCAAGGCCAAUUUCAGGAAUUAUUUAAGCCUGCAAAGUAAAGAUGAGAAAUGAAGAGACCCAAACAAAAGGCUUCACUAAACAAUCAAGCCGUGGAUAAAAAGGAGAACCAUGGGACUGUAAAACUUAUGAAAGCAGCCAAGAUCCAAUGUUACUUCCAGGAACUGAACUGCAGUCCUGCUCCAACUUCUACCGUUGAGGAACACUAAAACAUCAGAACUACCAGGGCAGCCA